AAUGCUAAAUCUGUUAGGCUCUGUAGAAAAUUUUGAUCGAUUCAAUAUUUUGUUUAUUUGUUGUUUAGGAAUAGUCAAUCAACUAAAGGAUUUUCAGGUAUAGAAACACUAAUUAGAAGCCGUCUUCGAUUUUUGGAUGUUUUUGAUUCCGUAUAAACAAACCCUAGUUUUUAUGGCUACAUCUACUACUGGCCCGGUUCAUAACUCUCACCGGAAUACUACAUCGGAAACCGGCGGUUCCAACCGCCAACAGGAGUCUCCGCGAUCAUCAGCCACGCGUGACGUUUCCUCUCCAUGGAAGCAGGUUGUUCGCAUUGGUGAAUCAGAAUCUACCAUUGCGGUGACCUCCUCUUCACCUCCACUUUCUCCUCAGGGGUCUUGUGAGCAAGACGUUCACUCCUCUGAUUGUUCGCCUCCUGAACAAGCCGAUAGUGCGUCUUCGUUAGAUGCCACUACAGAAGCUCAGAUUGAGAACUCCGAUAAUGGAAGCAGUGACGGCACCAACGGCAAUGGGGCUAAAAAGCAGGCUUGGAAUAAACCCUCAAAUGGUGCAGCCGAUCUUAGUCCUGUUAUGGGUGCUGUCUCUUGGCCUGCUCUCUCUGACUCCACCAAGGCUUCACCUAAAUUAUCUUCUUCUUCUUCUGAUUUACUCAAAACUCAGUCUAGAUCAGUUUCUCUAUCACAGGACCCCGGGAUGGCAUCAGCUUCUCAUAGGCAAGCUAAUACUAACAAUGUAAACCCUGAUACAAUGCUGAACCAUGUUGUACCCAGCCGCCAAAGGUCUAUGAAGCGCGGUGGUGGUAAUUCAAACCAUAAUGCAUCAGCGAAUGGUGUCUUUUCUCCACAGCAGGCCCAAGGUUUUGAGGUGGAAACAGUCCUUAAUAAUUCUGGGAAGACAGGUAAUUCUGGUGUUGAGUCUUCUUCAAGGGAUUAUAGUCAUAGGGAUGGUGGACAAUGGGGAGGAUUUGGAGCUCAAUCACAUGGUGGAAUUGACCACCAACAUCAACGAAAUGCAAAUAGGAGGGGCAAUGUUGGUCCACUUCCCCGUGGAGAUGGCACAUAUCAGAAUGGUUACGGGGGUAGGCGUGAUCAGGAACGUCGAAAUCAGGAUUUGAAACCUCACAGAGGUUGGGUGAAUAGGGAUGCACACAUGCAGCCGCACAGAGGUCCAGCUAGGCCAUAUAUGGGGGCCCCACCUCAUACGUCUCCACCUUUUAUACCAACGCCCAUUCCUGUGCAGCCCUAUCGACCUCCCAUGGUUUACUCUAAAGUUCCAUCGGUAUUUUAUUUGCCAGGUCCAUUCCCUGAUUCAUUCAGAGGGCCUAUGUUUUCUCCUGUGCCCUUCUUUCAUGUUCCAGAUACCCAGUUGCAUACUAGAAUAGUGAACCAGAUGGAUUAUUAUUUCAGUAAUGAGAAUUUAAUUAAGGACACAUUCUUGCGACAGAACAUGGAUGAACAUGGAUGGGUUCCGGUUACACUAAUCGCAGGCUUCAAGAAAGUAAUGGAAUUGACAGAUAAUAUACAAUUGAUACUGAAUGCUGUGAGGUUCUCUACUGUUGUAGAAGUGCAGGGUGAAAAGUUAAGGCGGAGAAAUGAAUGGUUUCAUUGGCUCCUGCCGCCAUCGGUUCAAAAUUCAACCGUGUCAAAUCCUCAAUCUCUACAAAAGUCUACUCCUGAUUUACUUGUAGAAAAUUUCCAACGUGUUGCAUUUGAUGAUAAGACUGUAAGACAUGGAAAUGCCGAAGCACAUCUUAGUAGAUCAUCAUCUGCUGAAUUAAGUACUCCAUCUGAGCAGUUUGGCAAUGAGAUGGCCGGACAAGCUGGUGGUCAACAUUGGCAGCCAAUGCCGGUUGGAAAUCCAAGUUAAAGAGUUAACUGUUUUGUGGCCCCAGGGUUGGUGGCUAUUGUGCUUCUUAGAGCCAUCAAUGAGUUUAGUCUUUACUGUUGCUGUUGACAAUGGCGUCUCAUGAAGGAAUUAGACAGGGAAUAAAAGAGAACAGGAUUAUACUGUCUUUUGAGCUGGCAGCUUGAUUUUGUUGGGAUAAGUAUUUUCUUUUCCUUUAUGUUACGUUGUUUGUCUGUCGUGGUUAUUUAUUAA